AUGUCUAAAGAAACAAAACAUGAACAUAGUGAAAGUGAAGAAGAAACAAUUGGCCCAAUGCCAGAUAUGGCAGCUCAACCAGAAAAAAAGAAGAGAAAGAUAUUAGUUCAUGAAAAACUUUAUUUGGACAACUUGCCUUCAGCGGAAUUCUAUGAAAAAAGUUUUAUGCACAGAGAUUUAAUAUCCCAUAUCGUUGUGGCCAAGUCCCAGUUCAUUAUUACAGCUAGUGUAGACGGUCAUGUCAAGUUUUGGAAAAAAAUGGAAAGAGGCAUUGAGUUUGUGAAACAUUUUAGAUCACAUUUAGGAGAAAUAACUUCUGUGUCAGUAAAUUAUGAUGGUUCUCUUUUAGCUACUUCUGGUGUAGAUGGUGUUGUUAAAGUGUUUGAUGUUUUAAAUUUUGAUAUGAUCCAUAUGAUGGACGUUUCAUUUCGUCCAUUAUGUGUGGAAUGGAUUCAUGGACCCCAGGACAUUUUCCCUGUAAUUGCAGUUUCAGAUUCAGCUAGUCCCAAAAUUUAUGUUUAUGAUGGCAAAGGAAACAAGGAACCUCUUCAUCAGUUUGAAAGGUUGCAUACUAAACCAGUGAAGUUAAUUAAAUAUAAUGUUAAGUUUGAUGUAGUAGUUUCCAUUGACCAUGCCGGUAUUAUCGAAUAUUGGUCUGGUGCUAAACAUGACUUUAGCUUUCCAAAAUGUGUUAAGUUUGAGUCAAAAUUAGACACUGACCUAUAUGACUUUGUUCGUUACAAGACAUACCCAACAGGUCUUGCAUUUUCACCAGAUGGAAGCAAGUUUGCAACCAUAUCUCCUGAUAGGAAGACAGGAGAUCCCACAGGAAAUGGUACUGGAGGAGAGAGUAUAUGGGGAGGUGAAUUUGAAGAUGAAUUCAAACCUCAUCUGAAACAUGACAGGCCUUACACAAUUUCAGAUGAUGAAGAUGAAACACAUCCAAAUAUUGAUACACCAUCACUUUUUCGAUGGAGACACCAGGCAAGGGUUGAGAGAAUGGAGGAACAAAGACGUGAAAAAGAAGAAAUUGAAAAUACUAAAAAGAAAAAUUCACAAAAAAUUGCUGAGGUGCGGCAACAGAUCGAGCAAGCCAAAAAGGAUGAUUCCAGCAUAUCUGAACUUGAGGCACGUUUAGAGAUGCUUUUAAGCGAAGGAGAAAAGUUGAAAAAGAAAGAAGAUGAACUAAAACAGAAAGAAAAGGUGACCCCUUGGAAUGUUGAUACUAUUAGUAAUCCAGGAUUUACGAAGACUGUCAUAAAUAAACCAGGAGCGAGGAAAGUGGAACAGUUAUCAGAAGAAGAGAGAGAGAAAAGAAUGCAGAUUUUUAUUAAAGAAAACGAAAAACUUUUAAAAGAGUUUGGAAUGCUAAGGAAAUACGAUGAUAGCCAAAGAUUUUUACAGGAACAUCCACAUCUUGUUUGUGAAGAUACUGCAAAUUACCUUGUUAUAUGGUGCAUCACUUUAGAAAUGGAAGAUAAACAAAUGCUGUCCCAACAUGUAGCUCACCAGUGUAUUUGUAUGCAAUACAUUCUAGAACUGUCUAAACAGUUGGAAGUAGACCCUAGAUCCUGUGUUGGAACAUUUUUCUCAAAAAUUCAAGUAGCAGAGCCAGAGUACAAGAAAUCAUUUGAAGAUGAAUUGAGUGCAUUCAAAGAACGUGUGAAAAAGCGUGCCAAGGAAAAGUUAGAAGCAGCUCUUAGAGAAGACGAGGAAGAAGAGAAAAAAGCGCGUUUAGGCCCUGGUGGUUUGGAUCCAGUUGAAGUUUUCGAAUCACUACCUACUACGGUAAGAACUCAUAUAAAUGCCCUCGCGACCCGAGUGAGAUUAUCCAGAGGACGUAGGGCUUUUAUGCCGACCCAAUGCAGAGCUGGGUGUCCUGCAAGCGAAACUGCCAGCCAUAUUAUUCAACAUUGCAUUUUGUCUCACGGUGGUAGAGUGCGCCGGCAUGAUACAAUAGUGAACAUGUUGGAAAUUGCUCUCCAAAAAAAAGGAUACAGGGUCACAAAGGAGCAAAUGUUUGUUGGUAAUAGACGAAGGUGGAAGCCAGACCUGGUGUGCUCAGGACUAAGCGGACACUUCAUUAUAGAUGCACAGGUCGUCGGGGAUAACCCUAGCACCACUCACUGGAACAAUAUAUUACAAGAAUGUUUUGAAAAACAAGACAUUCCAAUGCUUCAAGAAGCAAUAGCUAAAAUGCCUCAAGAAGAAGCUGCUUACCACAUGAAGCGCUGCAUAGACUCUGGUCUUUGGCUCCCCGAUGGAGGAAAGAAGGAAGCUGCUGAGACAUCAGAAACAGAACUAGUAGAAGGGGAAGAAAAAUAA